AGCUAGUGUUUCGCGGGUGAUUUUGGUGUUUUCUUGUAACUUAACUAACGUAUUUCAAAUUUGGUUCUUAUCUUCCUUAUAUCAUUGGUAAAAAAAAAACUGACACAGAUAAAGAAAUUGCUACUUCACACACUCGUACAAUAGCUCCUCAAUUAGCUAGCUAGCUAACGUUACGCGUACCAGAUCUGAAGCAGGUAACGUUAGCAAGCUAGGCUAACGUAAAAUAGCUUAACUUUUGGGUUGUUUGUAGUGUGGUCUCCCAGAGGAUAAAACCCAUCCACCGUGAUGUCUCUUAGCGCUGUUCACGGAACGCUGUCGAGCCUGCGGUCAUGUCAGACAGACAUCAGGACGGGAAUGGACAUAGUGUCAGAUGUGGCUAUGGACCUGGUGGAAACUCAGGGUCAGGAUGGAGAGUUGAACCCUGGCAUCAAAGAGAUGGAGGCCAUGAUCCUGGAGUGUGCCAAACUGGACAGAGAGAUUAACUACUUUGUUGAUAUUGUGCAACAAGUCACAGCAGAGAAUACCACACAGCAGCCAGAGGCUAUGUUCAGCCUGUCUGCCAAAGUAAAGGAGAAGUUCACAGAGAGAAUAGACGGGCUCUCUGAUGCUGAUCUGCAGAAUCACAAGAAAGUAGUGGCCUUCAAGGACAUCAUCAAGAACUCUCUCAACCAAGCCAACCAAGAGUCAGCAGAGAACACGGAGGAGCUCGAUGAAGACAUUGCAGUUACACAGAGCCAAGUCAACUUCACCUGCCCACUCACACAGGUGGAAAUGGUGAACCCGAUGAAGAAUAAGAAGUGUAACCACCACUAUGAUGAAGCAGCCAUACUGGGCCUGAUCAAAGCAAGACACAGCCAGAAAAAGAAAUGCCGCUGUCCUGUGGUGGGCUGUGGGAAUACAGAUGUGAAACAGUGCGAUCUGAUUCAGGAUGCCAUGCUGAGAAGAAAGAUCCAGAGCCAAAAGAGAUACAGCAACCGGACAUAGUAUAUAUUUUUUUUUUUAAGUUUGUAUUGGCAGAACCUUUUGAUCAUAAACCUAUGCCAUGGUAUUUAUUUGUUAAUGAUCAACGGGUUAUGUUGUUGGCAAUAAUUUGAGACAGUUGUUUUUAUCAGUACUCAGUUGGAAAAUGUACUUUUCAUUCUGAGAUUUGUACCUCAGAAGUGAUGACUUGUUUGUAUUUCAGCUGGAGCUUUUUUGUGUACUCCAGUCUUGUUGAAUGUAAAUAAAAGCCACUGACCUUUCAUAAA